AUCUUUUUAGCUUUGAAUUGGCUUGGGUUCACUCUAAACUCUUUUGAUUUCUUUCAAUUUUGGGUAGUUGCGUGAUUGCCCCUCCAGAUUGCCGCCGGCUUCUUCUCCUUGCCAGCUCCGGUUUUGAUUGUUAAAUUCUGGUUCCUUAUCGUUUUGUCAGUUUAGCACUGAGAUCGAGUUUUUGGUUUUAUGCGAGUGAGGUAAGUAAAUUCAUGCUUUGAAUUGGCUUGGGUUCACUCUAAACUCUUUUGAUUUCUUUCAAUUUUGGGUAGUUGCGUGAUUGCCCCUCCAGAUUGCCGCUGGCUUCUUCUCCCUGCCAGCUCCGGUUUUGCUUGUUAAAUUCUAGUAUGUUGACAGCUCCUCGAAGCUCGAAAUUUCAUCAAUUAUUGUUAAAUUUGUCCAUUUAAUUCCUGCCCCAUGUGCUGUCCGAAUUUGUUGAAAAAUGGGGAUGAAUUUGGGUAGUAAUUAGAGCAUAAUUAGCUUAAUUCAUGUGUAAAUUGCUUGAGUUGGCUCCUGUGAUUUUUGGAGAGAAAAUCCCGUGAAUUAGCUAGUGUUUUGGCCAAUUUUGGAAGUGCAGUUACUGUUCACGGCACUGUUCACAUACUAAUGGCCAACAAUUAACAGGGAUUUAAAUAAUUAGUUUGUAAUAUAAGAAUAAAUUUGGAGAUGUCCGAUCAUGUGAAAAUUGAUAGAAAUAGCAUCGUUCUUGAUCAUUCUGUCAGUUUAGCACUGAGAUCGAGUUUUUGGUUUUAUGCGCGUGAGGUAAGUUAAUUCAUGGUAAUGCCCGUACAGUUUUUAAAAGCAUGUUUUGAUUUGUUUUUGAAGUGGUGGCGGGACUAAACUCGUUUUACACAAAUAUGAGUAUGACUGAUUUGAAGUGAAAUGUUUAUGCUUUUCAUUAAAUUGAGCAUGCCUACUUGACAUUUGAUUGAUUGUCCUGAUGAUUUGAAAGUGAUUGGUGAAGUAUGAUUUUUCUGUUAACUUCUGCCCGUUUUGUCUCCGAUAUGGUCAUGUUAUUAUUGUGCCCGCUAGUUGGAGGUUUAUAAACGCUAGCCCAUGUUGACAUGUUACUGAUAGAACCGGUUCGUUUCUGUUAUCUUGCUAGUGGGAUUAUACACUAGUAGUGGGAUUAUACACUAGUAAAUCGUGUGCCUGUCAGUGGGAGGUUUAUAACACUGGCCGUGACCUAUAGAGGAAACGUCUAUUUCGUUCCCAUACUGUAUCCGUUUUUCAUGAUUAUACUUGUUGGCAUGCUAUAAGUUUAAUAAGGGGCACUCCAUAUUUUACUUACUGAGUUUAUCUUAUAGUUUUUCCUUGUCCACCAUUUCAGGAAGUGAAACCGAGGACGGGGAAACAACGGGAAGUGACGAGUUAGAAGGCUAGCCAUAUUGUAAUUAGAUAUGAAAUUUUAGAUAUAAAUCAUGAUCUUGUAAGAUAGAGUGUAUUUGGAGAUUUUAUGAUAUGAGAGCCAAUUUUAUAAUUUUA